AUGUCCACCACCGACGAUGACCCCACUCCAGGCGAAACCCCGCGCAACUCCGUAUCCGAGAACCCUCUCCUGCGCGCAUCCAAUCCAUUGGUCUCCGACCUCGAACAAGAAGUCCUAGAUGAAUAUACACGAUUACUAGGAAAUGUGAAUCAGUUAUCAUCUAAACUUGCUGAUCUCUCUGGCUCGCCAUCUUCUCUCACUUUAGAUGGUCUGCGUUUACUGGAGCGAAAGACCGCCACCGUGUGCACCCUCCUCAAAACAAGUGUUUAUAGUAUUGUUUUGCAGCAGCAGAUUUUCAAUGAGAGUGAACAGCAGCAACAACAGCAGAGGGAGGAUGAUCACGAUCAGGGGAUGGAGGGGGAUAUGAAGUGA